AUGUUACCCACACUUAUCCGCAAAUUAUCACCUUCCGACCACCCACUGUUACCCACCAGUCGAUUCAGCAAGGACCACCGCACAUUUUCACUUCCUAGCAUUCGAAAAAUAAUCACAUAUUUCAUUUUCUUGGCCGCAUUUCUUUGCAUUGUUCCAGUGAUAAUUUACGACGACUAUCUGUCAGAUUACGAUAAGAUUCAAGAGUUAUCUGCAAAAUAUAACUGCCCUAUAGAAACCGUGAAUGAGUUUAGCCAAGAUUUCGGGAAACAUAUAUUCUGUAGAAUCAGUCAGAGUCGAGGGAAGGGCGUUCCGAAUUAUGUCGUGCCCAAAGCACAAACGAAUAAAAAUGAUAACACUAAUGAGAAAUAUCUAACCUGGCUUCCGCAUAGCAAUCUUGAACUACAACACACAGCGCUCGAAAAUGCUCUUCUCCUGGCUCGUUAUACCAAUCGCACUCUUAUCAUCCCACCUGCAAUUCUUGGGCGAUCGAACCCCUGGCGCGUUUUCUCCAAGUUGUACAAUAGCACUAUUAAUACUCACAAGAAUAACAAUCUCCACUGUACGUUCUAUGCCGGUGAUAGUUCGUCUGCGGUACCCGAUUCGUGCAAACAGAUAAACGAAUGGACCUUGGUUGAAUGGGACAGCCUAUACGGUCGAUUAAAGUCAUUUAUGGAAGAACAACAUAUCAGAUCAGUAUUUACCAGAAAUGUAUCGAUAGAAUGGAUAAUGGCAAAUACGGGAGCAAAGGCGGAAGACUUGCAUUACUUUAAAGAUGGCGUUCACUAUGGAGCAAAAAUUUAUGACGACAACAGAUCGAGAACACCUUUGGGCAGAUUCAUCGCCAAGUUGGAUUUAGACAAUCUCAAACAGGUUCCCCACAAAGUGAUCUAUUUCGAGAGCUUGGCUGGUGCGGACAGAGUGCUUCACGAGCUUUCCGAUAAUAAUAAUUGGUACCAAAAAAUGACAUCCGAACUUGUCUUUACAUACCCGGGGAUUCUCUCUACUGCAAAUCGCAUAAUAUCAAAACUCGGGAAUCCCAACAAGUAUCUCGGCAUCCAUGUCCGGUUGAGUGAUAGCUAUUAUCGCGGCGAACAAGAUACAACGGUGCGCACUAUAAUAAAGUCGAUGGAAUCAUUGUCUGGUGUACAGAGCUUUACCGCUCGGCCUUUGGAAAUGAUAUACAUGGCAACAGAGAUAAAACGCUCGCGCACCGUUAAAGUAUUCCGAGACUUGUACGAGAGAUUCGGCUGCAUACGAACACUGAAUGAUUUCAAAGACGAGCUGUCCAACCUGGACUUGAUCAGAAAUAGCGCUUUUGAUGAUAUCCCGAUGAAGCAUUUUUUGAUUCCGAUAGUUGAUAUGGUGGUUGUCGCACGUGGAAGGGCGUUUGUUGGAACGCCUGAUAGCAGCUUUAGCGAGCAUGCGAGAAGACUCUACCGAGUGUUUUGGAAGUGGGAUCUUGAGAACAAAUGGAAUGCGUAUGUUGAUAGUGAUGUCGAAGCGAUAAAGUUUUAUACCGGCAAUAAUGGUGCGGGUGAGAAUGGCGGUGAGAGCAUUGGUGAAGGAGAGGAUACUGUAGACAAUCUUGAAAAGAAUAUAAACGUUGCCGAUAAUGAUGUAACCAAGCCGGGCCCUGGAGACUCUACCUUGCUGAUGGAUGACGAUCAACUCUGGGUAUACGCAUCAACCUUAUCAACAGCAAAACCUAUAGAAGAGUCGGCAACUCCAUCAAAUGCGGAAACAGCUAGUAUAUGA